AUGCUCGAGAUGAAUUUUGGUAGACCUGAAUGGAUUGUUCUAUCUCUCAUGGAAAAAGUGAAGAAAAUCAGCCCUGUAAAAGAAGACAGUUUGGAAUCCUGUAUUUUUUUCUCAAACGCAGUUACUAAUAUGGUGGUCACGAUGAGAAAUGUUAAUUCUUCACUAUAUUUGUUCAAUCCGGAAAUGUUAGUGAAUAUUGUUGAAAAACUUCCCACCAUACAAAAGUACAACUGGGGAAAAUAUAAAUAUCAGAAAGAUUUACAGGGAAUACCAACAUCCCUUGAAGAUUUUGCAAAUUGGUACGAAGAAGAGGUAAAUUCUAUGGCUUCUACAAGUAAUCCAUUCCAGAGAAGUAAACACAUGUCAAGGAAAGAAACAGUUAGUUUUUCAAAAAAGUCCGAGCCGAGAAAGGCAGAAAAUUCCAAAGUUUGUGUAUUUUGCCAGAGAACGAAUCAUAAAAUAGAGGAAUGUGGUGAAUUCAUAGAGAAGACUAUACCAGAAAGAAGACAAUCAGUUAUGAAUUUGAGAUUAUGUUUUCUAUGUCUCCAAUUGGGUCACAUGGCUAAUAAAUGUUUCCUCAGAACGAGAUGUGGUAUAAUGGGUUGUAAAGGAAAGCAUAGCAGUCUUCUUCAUCUGGCAAGAGAUCCAAACAGCUCAUAUCCAACUUUACAAGAUAAAACAGCAGCUUCGAGUGAAUUUUGUGCGAAAUUGAACGAUGUGGAUCAAAAAACUCUGCUGAGAAUAGCACCAGUUAUACUUCGUGGGCCUUAUAAUGAAAUCAAGACAUUUGCCUUAUUCGAUGAAGGCUCCACAUGCUCGAUGAUGGAUGAAAAUUUAGCUAUGAAAUUGAACCUCUCUGGACCCAUCGUUCCACUCCGUUUUCAAUGGACAAAUAACAUUACCCAUUUCGAGGAUGAAUCGAAAAUGGUUGAUGUUGAUAUUUCUGCCGACAGCAAUAAACAAAUCUUCUAUAAUCUGAAAAAUUUGAGGACUGUUAAAAACUUGAGUAUACCAAACCAGAAAAUCAAUGUAGAUCUUUUGUCUCAGAAUUUCCCACAUUUGAACCGGAAAAUUCUAGAGGCCGUGGAGAAUGCAACUCCAGAAAUUCUCAUUGGCCAAGACAAUUGCGGACUAAUUAUACCACGUCAGGUCAUACAACCAAAAAUGAAUCAACCUAUAAUGUCCAAAUCCAAAUUAGGUUGGACUAUUCAUGGAGCACUCACUGAUUCAACUGAUGGAAAUGAAAUGAAUCAUGCAACUCUUUGUUGCCGACAUAUUGAAGAUGAUGAACUCCAUCGUAUGGUGAAAGAUAGUUUCAAGUUAGAAGCUUUCGGAGUGAAUGAAAAAAUCAUCAGCUCAGUAGAAGAUCGCAAAGCACUUGAAAUCAUGAAUAGCACAGCUAAAAGAAUUGGUAACCGUUGGGAAAUUGGACACCUUUGGAGAAAUAUGGAUGUCGCAUUUCCUGACAGCAAAGUAAACGCACUCAACCGUCUUUCCUGCAUGGAGAGGAAAAUGAAGAAAGAUUGUGAAUUCGCAAAGCAGUACCGUGAGAAGAUCCAGGAUUACAUCAACAAGGGUUAUGCAAGAAAAUUAGAGUUAGAGGAGAUUACAGAAAAUCCGAGAAACUGGUUUUUACCACAUUUUGCAGUGUGGAACGUCCAUAAGCCCGGUAAAAUUAGACUUGUCUUUGACGCUGCUGCAAGAUCAUUUGGAUAUAGCCUCAAUGACUUUUUACUACAAGGUCCAGACUUUGUUCCUUCCUUGGUUUCCGUUUUAUGGCGCUUUAGGCAGGGAAAAAUUGCAUUUAGUGGGGACAUCAGGGAAAUGUUUCACCAAGUGUUAAUAAAAAAGGAAGAUCGAUGUGCUCAACGAUUUCUUUGGCAUGAUGAAAAUAACCUUGGUGGAAUUCCGGAUGUUUAUGAAAUGAAUGUUAUGAUCUUCGGUGCCGUGUCUUUUCCAUCCGUAGCCCAAUUCAUCAAGAACAGGAAUGCUGAAUGUUUCGAAGAUAAAUUCCCUGGAAUAAGCAGAGCAAUGAAGAGACAACAUUAUGUUGACGAUUAUUUGGAUUCAUGUAGCACAUACGAGGAAGCUAUUCAAAGAGUACGAGAUGUAAUUUAUGUUCAUAAUCAAGCUGGUUUUGAAAUGGUGAAAUGGAUUAGUAACUCCAAGAGGGUUCUAGAAUCAAUUCCAAAAUGUCUUCGUGCUGAAUCAGAAAAAAACAUUUAA